GAGACCCGGGAACGCACUGCGCAGGCGUCGCAGAGCUCUUGUUUGGGCCAUGGCGUCCCGAGAUCUUAUCGGGCCGGUGCUGCCUCCGCAUUUAGCCGCCGCCGCUGCCGCCGCCACGGUCGACUCUGUGCCGGUUGCAGGACCAGCAUUGCCUCCUGGCUACAAGGAAAACUCUGAAAACUCUGAUUAUGAGCAGAAAUGUGCCUCUGCUUGGGUGUCCAGAGAAACAGAUUGGGAUUCUGAAGAGGAUGAAGAUUCAAGUCCAGUUCCCAGGAAACAGAGAAGAUGUCAGGAAGAUGACGACGAUGGGUUUUUUGGGCCUGCUCUUCCUCCCGGCUUUAAAAAGCAAGAUGAAUCACCAGAAAGGUAAUUCACACAAGGGUGUCAGGGAGCAGUAAAGGGGGCACGCAGGUUUGUGGGGCAUGCAGUAGAAGGCACCAUUCUUUUUUUUUUU